GUACGGCAAGUUUUAGUAGGAAAUCCACGCAAGUAUUCGUACAUAAGGCCCCUGGACUGUUAUUAUGUUGACUGACAGCAAGAUAGACCAAUCGGUUCAUGUACAAGCCUGUUAGAGUUGUGCCGAAAAAAAUAUCAGUGAGAGUGAAAGAAAUAUAGAGGAAGUAGAUAUGUGUGGCAAACUCUGCCGUGCAGAUGCUGAAGAUCAACCAUCGAAUAAACAGGGGCACUGACAGCUGAAGUAACAGAGUCACAAUAUUUUCACUAAGGAUUUUCAAAAUGAGGACUCUUCUUCUGCUUCUCCUCUCACUGAUGACAGGUUGUGAGGCUGUGUCUAAUGUGAAGGGAUGCCGAGACGGAUGGGUUGAAUUCACCUGCAACUAUCUAAGAUCUGGUUUUACUUUAACUAAACUGGGAUAUACACUCAUGCAAAGUUCUAAAAACAAUGAGUGGGAAACCACAAACAGUGUUUCCCUGUACCAUGAUACAAAAAAUAAAAAAGUCAGAGUGCUCAUCAAAAAACUUAAACAGGAAGACUUUGCAGAAUACCAGUGUAAAAAGCAGGGGUCAGACUUUAACACAGUAAAACUAGAGAAAGACAGAGGCUGCCAAGGACAAUUCAUUCAAACUGUGUACAGAACAGCUAAAACCACCAUCACAUGUAAUUAUCCAAGAAACAGAGACGAGUCCGAUGUCCUGUUUCUCUGCAAAGAGAACAAAAUCACCUGUGAGGACAUCUUAUCAACUGAAUCUUCUCCAAAGUCAAGCGAGACAUUCACUCUCACAAAAACCAACACAGGCUUCACCGUGUCCAUCAGUAAAGUGUCCUCACAUCAUGCUGGUGUCUACUGGUGUGGAGUAAAGUCAAAUGAAGGAAGUUACCGAGCUGGAUUCAGAAAAAUACAACUAAACAACUUUAUUAACUAUGAAGAACAAACUGACCCAAACGGCACCCCGCAGUAG